AUGCGAGCUGUUCUUUGCGUGUUGACGUUCACCGCGCUAAAAGUUGUUCUUGGACAAUACGAUCCAUAUUUGCCACCAGACUUCCCAGAAAUUGGUGGAUUUACGGCACCACCACCUACUUCCACUGUUACUACUCUUGCUAAUACUACUCCUGCUAAAACUACAUACCUGUUUCCAACAACGGCAGCAGGAACAACUUUUUCAGUGCCUGCAACAUCUCCACCAGUUCCAACCUCUUCAGCGCCUCCACCAGCUCCAAGCUCUUCAGCGCCUCCGCCAGGUCCAAGCUCUUCAGCGCCUCCAGCACCUCCAGGGUCUUCAGCACCUCCAGCAGAUCCAGAGUCUUCAGCACCUCCAGAGCCUUCAUCACCUCCACCAGCUCCAGAGUCUCCAGCACCUUCACCAGCUGCAAGGUCUUCAACAUCUCCACCGACUUCGGAAUCUUCAGUGCCUCCAUGGUCUCCAGCUCGUACACCAUUUCCGGGGCCAUCAGAACCUCCAGCUCCCUCAGUACCUCCACCACCACCUCCAGCUCCCGCACCACAGCCAGCACCUACACCUCCCCCACCUCCAGUUCCCGCACCACAGCCAGCACCUCCACCUCAUCCACCUCUCCCACCACCUCCACCACCUCCUGCUCCCGCGCCAGGCCCUCCAGUACCUCCACCAUUUGUACCACCGCAACCACAACCGCCUAACCGUAGACCAUGGCCAAGGCCGCACUGUGGGAACCCUCGCCUUACAGACACACAGAGAGGAAUUUUUCUCGACAUACAUAACAAUUACAGGAGUAGUUUAACAGGAGGUCAGGAGGUGAACAAUGGUCACGGAUUCGCUCCAACACCAGCUCGGAUGUAUCGCAUGCAAUAUAACUGUGAUGCGGAAUCAUACGCUCAGCAACAUGCGAGCACAUGCAAUGGCAGAAGACUGGACCCAAUACAUCACCGCAAUGCAAGAAUGGUGGUAUCAGCUGAGAAGGAAUGGGAUGAGAAGGGAUAUGUGGUUCACCCAGAAAGAACGCGAACGACAUCUAAAUAUUCGGAGCUGGUCAAGGGACAAGGUGACGAUCCCCUUAUACCACCACCAUUUCCAGAUGAUCCACCACUACUACCGCCGCCACAACCAGGUGAGGAUGCUCUUUCUUCAUCAUUUCUUGCUAUUACUGCUCCUUCAUUGCCAACACCACAAAUUAAACAGAUACCUUCAGUGCCUCCACAACCUCCAGCCCCUGCACCACCUCCAGCUCCCGCACCACCUCCAGCUCCUGCACCACCUCCAGCUCCGGCACCACCAGCUCCUGCACCACCUCCAGCUCCCGCACCACCUCCAGCUCCCGCACCACCUCCAGCUCCCGCACCACCUCCAGCUCCUGCACCACCUCCAGCGCCUGCACCACCUCCAGCUCCUGCACCACCUCCAGCUCCUGCACCACCUCCUGCUCCUGCACCACCUCCUGCUCCUGCACCACCUCCACCACCUCCAGCUCCUGCACCACCUCCACCACCUCCUGCUCCUGCACCACAGCCAGUACCUCCACCACCUCCACCACCACAGCAACCACAACCGCCUAACCGUAGACCAUGGCCAAGGCCGCACUGUGGGAACCCUCGCCUUACAGACACACAGAGAGGAAUUUUUCUCGACAUACAUAACAAUUACAGGAGUAGUUUAACAGGAGGUCAGGAGGUGAACAAUGGUCACGGAUUCGCUCCAACACCAGCUCGGAUGUAUCGUAUGGUAUAUGAUGAUGCUAAUUAA